AUGGCUACCGAAAUCGCUCUUGGUCCGCAGGCCGACUUCAACAUCAUUGCUACCGAGAUACUAGCCGAGCUUCGUGCAAUGAGGGAGCAGUCAACGAGAGACACGAGGGCAAUCCGACAAGACAUUGCCAAUGUUCGUCAAGAGCUUGUGACUAUAAUUACUGCAUCGUUGAUUGAGACGGGGACCACUUUGAAGGAAGUGAAGGAAGUGAAGGAAGCAAAGGAAGUACUCCGUAAGGCUGAAUUAGUAUGGAAGACAUCAGAGGGGCCGGCGGGUGAUCUACAGGACGUCUUCACGAGGCAGAGAUAG